UAGAGGUUUCGUUGCUCUCCUGGCAAUGGUAGUCUUAGAUUCUGUUUGCCUCGAAUGAGAAGAAUAGUGUGGAUCAAGAUUAGGACUGACUUACGAGCUCGGAGGGAGGAAGAUAUUUUCAUUCAGCUUUGCCGGAGAAGGUACGGAGACCGCUGGCUGCCCGCACGACGCUCCUGCAGUCUGUACGGAUUUCAGCACAGCAGCAGAGUCAGACUCAAAGUCAUGCACGGUGCUGGUCAUGCGGCCAGCAACAACAGCGCAGUCAACGCCGGUGUGCGUCGUCGACAGUGCAUCACGCAUUCCGGCCAGCCGACAUCACCGAAGCAGCGGAAUCGGUGCUUCAGAGACGGUACGGACCGUAGCCGAAACUACCCUCCAUUCCGCAUCGUCGACGGAUGUAGCGAGAUAUCCAAGGUCACCGUUCCAAUCCAGCCCAGGGUCAUCAGGUUCUCAGCAGGCAUCUUAUGAUAGUAAUACGGCUGCUGGUGCAACGGAGGUCACCGGUCUACCAGCCGUUCCAAGCAGUGCAAGACUCCUGCGCGACCCGACUCGAGAUGAGCGGAACUUGAAGGAGCGGGUGCGCUGGCGUCGCAUCACCAAAGAAUUCCACCUCCUGCGGAAGGUCUUGCCGUGCCUGGACUUUGAGGAGCUGUCGCAGAGGAGUACGCUGAAAAGGGCAAGUCGCUACAUCGCCUUCCUGGAAGAGUGCCUACUGCGGGAUGACGGCAUGUACGACGAAGAAACGGCAGCCAUGGUGUGCCGAGAUGAGGUGAACGACAAUGUGAUGGCAGAUGACGGCACCAUACAGCCCUUUUCACUUGCCGUUCGUCAGCGCAAUGAACGGCGGCGGAAUGGUGAGGACCCGCGUGGGUUUCACAUCAUUGUACCCAAUCCGAGUACGUCCAAUUCCGGCAAUGCCCUAGCGGAGAGCUGUGCGUUAGAACCAGCACAGAGCAACUUGAAUCACGGCUUUCCUGCAGUGCCCGCACGAGUCCGGUUUAGAUUUCGAACCGACUACAAAGUGGACGGGGAGGAUGUGGUUCGAGGCAGCAGCACGCGCAGUGGUAACAGUGACACUUGUAGUCCCUAUGCGCACAGUGGAGCGAUGGUCCACGGCCAAGACCCGCUGGCACGGGAUUGCGUCGUCAGCGCUGGGGACAGUCCUCGCAGUGGCCAUGUCAUUAUGAACUGUGCAGUGCCAGGCAAUCAUCCGCGGAACGGUCCCGACGGCGAAAGCUCCGUGCACCGCGGCCAGCGUGCGAUAUUCAUCACGUCCGUUCCGCAACCACCACCGCUGACAUCGCACCCACCAUCGCGAAAACACCAACCCCCUGCACAGUACACUGAGACUGCGUCCAGUGCAUCUGGCCAUACCAUUCAUGCUACUCCACACUUUCACGUCACAUCGUCGCAUCAAGCACAUCUUGCUGUCAGUGCAACGCCCACUUCGGUUCGGUCAACGGCGCCAUCUGCCACCGAUGUGAACACGCGCAGGAUGAGAACUCCGACGUUAAUGACCUCUGCAGAGAGGAGCACUGUGUCCAGACACACGACGGUGAAAGUGGAGCAUGUCCAUCCUUCCAGCACAUCCUCCCCACCAUCACUGAUGCCAGUGCGUAGAAGUCAGACUAGAGCUUCGCCGUACUGCAGACACCCUCUGCCCCUGACCGACUUCCGCGUGCUGUCCGACUUCGCCAGAAGAAACCCGUGGAGAGAGUUCAGCCAAGCUCUCGUGGCCGGCAGGUCCAGCCAGGAACUUCAGGCCGUGUUUGAUAGCGCCUAUCAGAGUGUCGUGCGAUUGUGCGGCCCGACAGCACAGCCAGCACCCAGUGUACGUGUCACACACCCUCCAACGCCAGUAUCCAGCCAAAGAGUUGAAAGUAGACCGCAUUCAACACAACUCCGGGCAUCGUCACGCCAACAGCGUCGUCAACGUGAUCGCACCACAACCACCGCACGUGCUGAAGAAGAUCACCGUUUGCGCAGAUGCUCCAGCCGUGAGGCGCAAGCGAAUGUCCACUCGCAGAGUCGUAGAGAUUCGACUCCUGGCAGCAGUGCGGACGAAGCCGCUCAACAGGGCCACGGAAGCAGAUCUCCGUCCGUUCAUGUUGCUAGCUCAGCGCUGCAGGUCCAGGCAUCGACCGGAGAGGCUCAACUUGCCCCAGUACAUUUAGCCCCAGGACAAGUGCCCGCUGCUCCCGGACAAGUGCCCACUGUCCCAGGACAAGUGCCCACUGGCGUGGCUCAGAGUGUAGCUGUUCCACAGCAGCUCAUGUACUACCAGGUGGUGAGCCAACCUGGUCAGCCAGUCCAGAUGAUGCCCGUGUGCGCACCGCCGAUAUUACCCCCGGCGCAGUUUCACCAGCAGCAGCCGCAGUACAUUGUCCCCGCUAACCACGUUCAGUACUUAGUGCACCCGGUACCUGGCCCGGGAGCGACCAGGGCUGUUCAACCCGCUACCCCGACACCUUGAUGUCGGUACGUGGCCCGGGAGUGACCAGCACUAUGCAUCCUGCUACCCCAUCACCUUGAUGUACGCGGUACCCGGGUGCGACCACGGUUGUACAACCUGCUACCCGAGCACGAAUUGAUUGGAAAAGGAUAGGAACACGACUUAGUCUGCGUUUGCGUUAUAAGUUCCUAGUCAGUGACGACAAGUAAGUGGCCAUGCGCAGGCGAGCAGUAUGCCACGCAACGGCAUGAUCUGUGCAUGUACACUGCACUGUACUCAUGUAGCAUCACCUGCAUAUCAGCGUGGCAUGAUACUAUUCUCUGACGGCGACCCAAUCCGAAAAAACCCAUAGUCCGAUAUCUGCAGGCGAGCAAGCCUACUGAGUAAUACUUGCACGUUGUGUUGGUUGAAUUGUGAUUGCAUUGACUGCUCCACGUCACCCAUGCCCUGCAUACAAAAUAAUCUCUACCUAUCCCAACCAAUUAUUGCUAACGAUUCCUUCAAGACAGCUCUGUGUACUACUACAAUCCGGCAGUACCAUAGGCGACACGUUCUAUCAUAAAAUAAGGAGUUAUAAUUACUGCUUUGUAAGAUCCGAAGAGUGUAUUGCUGAAUUCAACACCCCCGUUCUAAGUAGAUCUAUCCACCUAUGAUAACACUGUCCAUGCUAUUCGAGUUAUUCAACUUUAUUGCCGUUUGAUAUCCGGGCUAUGAUAGUAGGCGCAUGAUUCUACAUUCAUUGGAAGUAAACUCUUUUUAAAUCAUUCUUCCGGAAUUUAUACCGUACUGGCUUAUUAAUUUUGUACUUGAUGUACUGGUUCCUGUCACAAUUGCAAUACUUAUCUAAUCUUCUUCUUUUUAUCGGGGGCAACUACGCACAUGCACCCACCUAAUCCACAGUUUAGAAUGGCUGGUUUCCAUCGUAAUCCUUCCGCAUGAUUUGCCGAGAGGACAAAAUUAAUACUUAUAACCUGGA